GAACUUUUAUUCCGAAAAUAAAUCUCCAAAAGCCCUAUCUGCAAACAAUUUAGCAUAUUUGAAUACCCACUCUGUACAAAAACAGUUGUCCAGUGCAUGAAUUAUUUAUCUUUAACGUCUAAAUUCCAUGGUAAAACCUCUAAACCUGAUUCAUAACACUUUUUAUAGAGAAUAAUGCUCAAUAAUUUAACAUAAAAACGUAUAACACCGAAGUGAUGUCUCCUCUUCAAUUAAUGAUCAUGGAGGAAGUCGAGAAAAGAGUAAAAGAGCAAGAAGAGAGGGAGAAAAAUCAAAUACCUCAUAUGGUUAGUAGUAACAAAAGCCCAUAUUUAAAGCCUCCUCAUGUUUCAUGGACUAGAAGAGAAGGUGUCGGAAACAAGGAACAAUUAGAAGAGAAAUGGAGAUUUAUUGUAGGGUCACCGCCAGGCAACAAAAAUAGAGGACAUACUAGUGUUAGACCAGUUAUGAAUCGGAGGAAAAACCCAAUGACAAGGGCUUCUUCUCACAAGUCCGGGUUGGAGUACCUCCUAGCAUUAAAAUAGGACAAAGACUAAGCAUAAAAGUAUCCCAGUAAGAUCUCCCAGGCUCCCCAAUAAAAUGAUUGAUAAACGUAGGAAAUCAAGAAGGUACAGAAUAAAGAUGGGCAAAAUUGAUAAGAAAAAUUCAAGAAAUGGCAAGAGAGGGAACCCCAACAAAAAGAAUGCCAAUGUAUCCUUUUCAGAUAUCGAAAGUCCCAAACAAAGAUGCAUUAAAGGGGAUGGAGAAUUUCUUAAGACAAUGUACGGCCAAGAGACUUAUAACAUCAAUGAAGUCUCUGUCAGAGUUGACUUUGAUUCAGACCACAGUGAGAGUGAAGAUGAUUACUUUGGAGGAAUCUUGUCAAAGAACCAGUUCUUUGACAGAUACAAAAAUAUGUCUAAAAUAGAUAGAAAUAAGGAAUCUCCUCAUUUGGAGUACAUCAAGUCAUGACAAGAACAAGGCAUUGUAGCAAUGCCUUAUGGAAUGACCAAGAAGAAAGGAAAGGCAAAUGAAUUAAUGCUCAACGAUUUUUUAAUGGGCGAUAAGUAUGCUGAAGCUGUAUCAAAGAUCCUUCCUUUUAUUAAAGAGCCACUUCCUUUGAAUUUAAGGAAUAAUCGGCUAACUCAGAAAGGAGUUGAUACUAUCAUUGGAUGCUGGAACGAAAACAUUAGAGAGUUUGACAUAUCAUUAAACCCUGGUAUAAAGAAGCUUGAUUACAGAAAGCUUAUUGGGAAUAGAAACUUUAACUUGACUAAUCUUGCACUUGAAGGUAACCGAUUUGGAGACAAAAACAUUCAUGAUCUCUGAGAAGCAGUUCUUUCGAGACCAAUUCUAAAGGUACUUAAUCUAUCACAAAACAUGAUUACCAGCAAGGGAGGCAAGUCUCUUGCUGAACUUAUCAGGUACAGUGACAGCAUUGAAGAACUGUAUCUUAGAUGGAACUUUAUUAGACCUAGAGGAGGUGUUGAGAUCAUCGAAGCUUUAAAGGAGAAUAAAUCUCUUAUAACCCUUGAAAUGUCCUUUAAUCCUCUCGGAGAAAACAAAAAGCCGUUGAAAAAGCCGAUAAUAGACAAAAGUGAGUAUGAUCCAAAUAUGAUCGCUGAUCAGGAUGCUUCAAAAUUAUUGUCAAAGAACUAUCACAACAUUGCAGCAAAGAUAGGAGAAAUGUUUGAAGUAAAUGAUACACUGCUUCAUGCUGAUUUCUCCCAGUGAGGAUUUAACAUUUAUGAGUGAAGAGAGAUUGCAGAAGGACUCAAAAGGAACCAUACUUUACUAGGCCUGCACUUCAUGAGUCAGCCUAUGAAUGUAAAUGCGCUUGGAUUUCUCAAGGAAGCAGAUAUUGACUCAGCUGCAAUUCAUCUCAACACAAAGUUUGGGGGAAAUAACGAAACUGGCUUCGCGAUUAAUGAAAAGAUUAAGCUUCAUUCAACAUCCAACUGAUGGGUAUGUGAGGGAUGGAGCAAAGUAACAUUUAAACUUGAUCCGAAGAAAGUGAAUAAUCCGCCUAAAGAAAGUAUGACUCCAAAAGAUAAAGUCUAUCUCAAUCUCUCCAUUGACAAUUUUGAGCCGGAUCCUAUGGAGUUUGACGAAAGCACUGGGACUUAUUCCCUUGAUAGGAUGACCCCAGCAAUCAAGAUGGAGUAUUUUUUUACUAUAAAUGGAGUUCAGAAAUAUCUCACAAAUAAACCAAAGAAAGAGCCUGAGGAUAAUGAUAUCGAUAUUGUCUUCGCAAAUGUGGUAACGAACAAAAUUAAGAAGAAGGUCAAACUUAGCCAUGAUUAUCUUCUCAGUUUAGAUUGAUUUCCCAGACCAGUAAGGCCCGGAUGGCCUGAUGAUGAGAAGGAAGAACCCAAAUGGGACUUUGAAAAAUCAGUCUUCUUUGGAUAUAAACCUGACAAUGAUGAAAUACUUGCAAAAUGAUUUGAUUAUGACUGGGCGCACUGAAAGAUUCCAAAUAUUAUCAAAAACCUCACUGAGCAAGCAAAAGUUCAAAAAUACUUAAAGGCAAACUAUGGCCCAAUCAGAGAAGUUUAUAAGUACUUUGCUGGUGUUUCUCCUUGUUCUAAUGUUCCCUGCAUUAGUCAGAAUGCUUUCAUUGAGAUUAUUAACAAGACUAAUAUUAUCGACCAGAAAGAGUUAAAACUCAGUGAUAUAGAUCUUGAAUUUACAGCUACAAAAGCUGGAAAUAAGAAAAAUAAGCUAAAUCCAGACAAAUGGUGGUUGGUAAGAUACCAGUUGAUGGAAAUCCUUGUCAGGAUUGCUCUAAAGAAGUAUUACAAACCUUCGAAGGAAGGAAGAACUUCUGAAAAAAUUACUGAAAGUGAAGCAGUCGUUAAAUUAUUCGAAGAUAAACUUCUCCCCCACUUUUAUAAUUAUAACUGUCAUAAAUGGAGGCUUGCCCAUCUUUGGUGUCAAGAGAUAGAUGAAGCCUUCCAAGAACAUUUGGAUGAAAUAGACCUACUUUUCAAGCUAAACUCUGGCAAGUACUGAAAGCCUGGGAAAUCUAAGUUUAUGAGUCUCGACGAGUUUAGUCAAAUGAUUACAAAUUCAGGUAUAUUAGAAAGCAAAUCCCUUGGAUCUGGAGAAAUCGGCUCACUUUUCAAUGUUUCAAUGAUGACUCAAGUCAAAGAACUCGAAUUUGAAAGGCACAUGGAAAUGAACUUCUUAGAGUUUGUAGAGGCUGUAUGUCGAGUGGCUUUUAAACUAAUUGAUUUCCCAGAGAAAUAUCUCCCCUCAAGAUAUAUUAAACCCCAACCAGGUGAAUCUAAGAGAGGAAGUAAAGAUCUAAGUCAAGUAGAUUCUAUGGUUAGUGGUAUGAAAAAGAAAGAAAACGAUGAUAAUGUUAAACAGAAAGUCGAGCAAGCAAAGAAUACUAGGUCUGUGAAAUUCUUACCUAUACCUGACCUAAGUUUUCAUGCAAAAGUCUCUCUCCUAAUAAAAUUGCUGAUCAGGACUUCACUUUCAGAUCAAAAAAUUUCCAAGAAGAGAUAGUCAAUCAGUUUUCAACCACCAGGACGUCAAACCAGUGGUAUCAGGAUUCCAUUAAGUGAGAAU